ACUGUGCGUCUGUGCGGAAGGAAGUCAGCGACGAACGCCGCCGGGUGGACCCUACGUGUGAAUCGAUCGAGGAAGGAGGGCAAGUAUUCGAUUCGAUUCCCCUUCCUUCCCUUGCGAUUGCGAUUGCGAUUGCGAUUGAUUCCUCUCCUCUCCUCUUCGCCUUCUCCCGAGAACCGCAAGCAAUCCCCCUCAGAUCCUCCUCUACACGUCAUCCACCACUGGCUUGGAUUCGAGUUGAAGCAAUAGCAAUCCCCGGCGAAGGUGCGGCGGCGGCGCCCGGAGGUCAGGUCGGCUGUCGGCAUCGCAUCAUCCCCACGAUACCUGUAACUCGCUUCCUUACCGCACAAGGUCUGCUGCCUCCGAUGAUGAUGAUGCUGCUGCUGCUGCUGUCUUGCAAUUAAUUUGUUUUCAGACGACAAGAAGAAAAGAGAUUGCUAAUUCUGCAUCCAUGGUUUUGUACGACCAAGACCCAGAUAUCACCCGAUGGGGCCUUCAUCUCCUCCUCCCAGGUGGAGGUGGAGGUGGAGGUGGAGGUGGAGGUGGAGGUGCUGCUACCCACAACUCUGCCCAUCAUCAAACUACGCCCCUUCAGCAUCCCAACGGGGGGGACACCCCCAAUUCCACUGAGAUCAAGGUUGAGCAUGUUGCCCGCACCGAUGAUGCCGUUGACAAUGACGAGAUCAUUGCGCAAGCCCUGCAGGAGGAACUGUCCCAAAUCGCCCUUGCCGAGGCAUCUGGAGCAGCCUCCGCUGACAACAACCACUCCGCUGUUCUCACGCAACAGUGGUUUCGCCCACGCACCAUCCAUGUAGCAUCAGGGACAUCUCCAGCUUCUCGACAGGCAGAGAGCAGUGAGGAACCAUUUAGUUCAUGCUCAAGCCCUGGAGAUGACAAUGUCCAACAUGCCGAGGCAUGCUUAAUCGACCUCAUGGAUGACUUCUCUGUCCUAGACGGCGAAGUUGGCAAAAGAUUGAAUGACAUGGUUCCUGUUCCUCAUGUUCCUAAGACAAAUGGAGAGAUUCCUUCUGUUGAUGAAGCCAUCUCAGAUCAUCAAAGACACCUUGACAGGUUGGUGCUGUACGGUUUGGUUGAGCUCAAGGUUAAAGGAGAUGGCAAUUGUCAGUUUCGAGCAUUGUCAGAUCAAUUUUACCGCACUCCUGAACAUCACAGAUUUGUUCGGCAGCAAGUGGUGAAGCAGCUUGAAUCACAUCCUGAGUGUUAUGCGGGAUAUGUCCCUAUGGAUUACAGGGAAUAUCUCAAAAAGAUGUCAAAGAGUGGAGAGUGGGGUGACCACGUUACGUUGCAGGCUGCUGCAGACUCGUAUGGUGUGAAGGUCUUCAUCCUGACAUCAUUCAAAGAUACAUGCUACAUUGAAAUUCUUCCUGUUGUUGAGAAAUCAAGAAGAGUUAUAUGCUUGAGCUUUUGGGCAGAGGUGCACUACAACUCGAUAUAUCCGGAAGGAGAGUUACCUGUUUUGGAGAACAAAAAGAAGAGUUGGUGGCCCUUCUAGCGGUAGCAGUUCCAGGUCGGGAAGAAGAUUAGAUUAGAGCAGCUUCCGGUGGGUGGCAGGAAUUGUGUGAGGCCAUGUGACUUACUCCACUGACGGCGAUGUAGAUGCUAGUAUCUGUACAGACAGAGAGGUGAUUAGCAUGAGAGGGAAGGGAGGUGAUUAGACAUAUUCAUUCAUUUUCUGAUUUGUAGCUGGGCCUUUAGGGAUCAUUCUUUUGUUCUUGGUCAGCUCAGAACCACUACUUGUGUGAUGAUAACUUGAGAGAGGGAGCAGAGCUUUGAUUCACCGAUCUGGUUAACUCUUUGAAUAAAUAAAUAAUACGAUGAUUCCAUGCCAAGUUUUCUUCCA